AUGUUUUUCGUUCUUAUAUUCGGACUUUUUAUAUGUGGAUGUAGUGCUGUUCCGAAUUAUUAUGAAACAUAUACGGGAAAGCCGAUAUCGGAGGAAGAAUUUAAGCAGCAUGUGAAGAGAAACACUUCGUUCUGGUGCACAAACGAGAUCCUACCAUGCAGUCCUCUGGAAGGACGGCGCGUAGACGGUUCAUGCAACAACCUAAAGUAUUUCACCAUGGGGGCGCCGCACACGCCUUUUUAUCGCUUGCUACCCCCCGUUUUCAGCGAAGGAUAUGAACCGAGGCUUACGAAGGCUGGAGAGAAGUUGCCGCUCGCUCGUGCUGUGAGAACAAACAUGCUGGCAGAGGGGCGGGUACCGGACCUCCAGCUGACACAAAUGUUCACACACUUCCUGGUCUUCUUCACUACUGACUUUGUAUCCAUGCAUGAUACUGUUAACUACAUCAUCUGGAAGCCGUACUGUUGCUUAGAGAAAGGCAAGCAAGAUUACGCCUGUGUCCCUAACGCCAUACCUAACGAUGAUCCCGUGCAUCGCUUCUCGAACGUUCGCUGCUACAACAUGACCAGGCCGACGACCUACCAGUCGGUAAAAUGUGUGGCCAAUAACACGAUCCCUGAAAGGAUUUCAUCAUCAACACCUCUGCUGGAUUUAUCCCAUAUUUAUGGAAAUAGUAUGCGAUCUCUGAAUGAAAAGGGAAGGUUAUUUAAGGAUGGCCUGCUAAAAUUCGAAAUUGAGGCUGGCAAAGUAUGGCCACCAAGCUCGAAGGGCCCUAAUCUGUGCUAUGCGAACCAGAAACCUCAUGAAACAAGAUGUCAUGAUACACCCGAAGACAGUCCCAACACGAUUCUGGGCAUAAACCUCAUGACCAUCUGGAUUUGGCGAUACCACAACAUAAUAGCUUCGGCUCUGAGCAGCAUCAACCCUUGCUGGAACGACGAGAGACUCUUCUUUACGACUAGGGAAAUAGUUAUUGCUUCUAUCAUGCAGAUAUCCUUCUAUGAGUUGAUGCCUGCAAUCAUGGGUUAUAACAACCUCGUUCACGAUGGCGUCCUUUGUCCAGACCUGGGCUUUAGAGAUAUUUAUAAUGAGAAUCUUCCGCCGCAGAUUUCUUUAGAAUUCCCAUUUGCAUGGAGAUGGACGCAUACUAUCCAAGAGGGGGUUGUCAAACUAUAUGAUGAUAAAGGGUACCACUUGAAAGACACACAACUAGUGAACAUGACGCUAAGAACUGGCUAUCUGGUGGAUAACAUAGACGGUAUAACUCAGGGCGCUAUCCGUCAGGCCAAUGCUAAAUUUGAUUAUGUCGUUGAUCCUGACAUGGCCGAAGUCGUGCUUGGUCCACAUCAACAUGCCUCAGAUGUAUUUACUAGUGACCUUCCUGAGAGGCUGGAAUUAAUCAGAGAGAAGUAUAAAGCUGUGGAGGACAUAGACCUAAUCGUGGGUUUGUGGUUAGAGAAUUACAUCCCCGGAGGCCGCGUACCCAGCACCUUCUAUUGUAUUAUAGUCCAACAAUUACUGAGAUCCAUAGCUUCGGAUAGACAUUGGUAUGAGCGACCGAACAGACCAAAUGCUUUUACCAUAGAUCAAUUGUUGGAGAUUAGAAAGUCGACGAUAUCAGGAUUGUUAUGCAGUGUAGCAGAUUCAAUAACGGAAGUGCAACCGCGUGCAUUUUAUAGGGCUGGUCCUGGAAACGAAAUGGUGAGCUGCGAUCAAAUUCCUAAGAUGAAUAUUUGGGCUUGGCAGGACCCUACGUGUAAAACCAACCCCUAUCAAUUCAAACAGUCAUAAUCCAUGUGUUACAAUAUCUACUUGUAAAGAGGUUAAUCAUUUUUUAUUAAUCACUUUUAAACUUCCA